GUGUGUGUGUGUGUGUGUGUGUGUGUGUGUGUGUGUGUCAGACUGAGGUGUGUGAAGAGCGGGCUGCGGGUGUACUUCCUUCCUCCUGUCUACAGCAGCUGGACUCGGCCAACUGGAAGGAGAGACUGGCCAGUAUGGAGGAGUUCCAGAGGGCUGUUGAGACCAUGGAUAAGGCGGAGAUGCCCUGCCAGGCCUUAGUCAGGAUGCUGGCCAAGAAACCAGGCUGGAAGGAGACCAACUUCCAGGUGAUGCAGAUGAAGCUGCACAUCGUGGCUCUCAUCGCUCGGAGAGGACAGUUUUCAAAGACGUCAGCCUCCGUGGCUUUGGAUGGCUUGGUGGACAAGGUCGGAGACGUCAAAUGUGGAGGAAACGCCAAAGCGGGGUUGACUGCUAUUGGAGAGGCUUGCUCUCUGCCGUGGACUGCAGAUCAGGUUGUGUCUAUGGCGUUUGCACAGAAGAACCCCAAAAACCAGGCAGAGACUCUCAACUGGCUGGCUAACGCCAUGAAGGAGUUUGGCUUUUCUGGUAUCAAUGUGAAGGGUUUCAUCAACAACGUGAAGACCGCUCUGGGAGCAACUAACCCUGCUAUUCGGACAGCUGCCAUUGCCCUGCUGGGAGUCAUGUUCCUCUACAUGGGAGCUCGUCUUCGCAUGUUCUUUGAAGACGAGAAGCCUGCUCUCCUCACGCAGAUAGAUGCUGAGUUUGAGAAGGUAUGGACGAGGGAUGGGCAUUUUCAAGCAAAACUACUAUCCCCCGCUUCACAGCAUAUAUUUAUACCUCUACCUCUCACCACCUGGUCAUCCCGUGCAGGGAAAAGAGAACAUAACAAAAAAAACAAAAAUCUCUAUUCAGGCUUCGUAAGGUCAUGGAAAACCUGGAAAA